GGGCGAAUGAGCAAAGAGACGACAAGAGGACAACAGGACAUGUGGUAUAGAGAGAGACAGAGAGAGAGGGAGAUGCGAGUGAUGUCAUUAUCAGUGCUGGGCUGUGCUCUCUCCUCCCCUCCAUCUCACGUCAUCGUACACACACAGGAAGGAGCAAGAACAGGGUAGACACACAAACACAAGCCCCCCCACCCCACAUACACAUCAGAGAGAAGGACGAACCACACCCUUCAGCAUCCUUUCAGAAGCAGUUUAGCAUCAGUAUCCAAGAUCAUCCUCCUCACUGUCAGUGUAAUCUGCCAGUAUGGCUGAGGGUUCAGGCGAGGUUUCACUGGCAGAGGUUGAGACAUCAUUCCGUAAAUUCGCUGUUCAUGGAGACACCAAGGCGACGGGGAAGGAGAUGAAUGGGAAAAACUUUGUUAAGCUGUGUAAAGACAGCAAGGUCAUCGAUGGGAAAAAUGUCACCAGCACGGAUGUGGAUAUUGUCUUCAGCAAAGUCAAGGCAAAGACAGCACGUGUCAUUACAUUUGAGCAGUUCACUCAAGCCAUGUCUGAACUGGCUCCCAAACGUUUUAAAGGGAAAAGCCAGGAGGAGGCAGUACAGCUUCUCUACGGUCUCAUUGCCGGACAAGGACCCGCCAACAUAGGUGUCACUAAAGUGGCAAAAGCAGCUGCUGUGGACAGGUUAACAGACAGCAGUAAGUACACUGGCUCUCAUAAGGAACGCUUUGACGGAUCAGGAAAAGGAAAAGGCCGUGCAGGGAGGGAGGAUAUCCCUGAUACCAGUGGAUACGUCUCGGCAUACAAAGGCCAAGACACCUUUGACGACAAAGUCAAAGAGAAUGAAUGAGAGAGAAAUAACUGAAAUGAGACAAAUGCAUUAUGUAUAUGACAUAAUGUGCGAAGUCUUGCUGGUUUCUGUUAGCAACUGGCUUGCAUGCAAAACAAAUCCCUUGCUACAACACUGCAUGAACAUCAAGCUCAAACACGUAGCUUUACAAAUAUUGUAUAAUUGAUUUAUAUUUAUAAUGCACUCUAUGUCUCAAUGUUUACCAUCAAAAAGGCAAUGUUUGUUCUAACAUGUAGCUUUCUGUCUGUCUGGCAAUACCUAUGUUAUGCCCUAUUGGGGAGUAAGUAGUCAGGCUAUUAACUUCAUUUUCAGUAGUGUGGCAGUAUACCCGCUGUUGAAAACAGUGCAGCUUUCCAGAAAUUAGCUAAUUUAUGCAAUAAGUGACAAUUUUAAGGUAAAUGCUACUAGUCAUUAUUUAUUUUUUAUUUUAUAUUUAUGAUAGUUUAAUCAAGUUACUCUGAGAUCAGUCAUUCACACCCCUCAUCUUCUACCAGAAAAAAUACAAUAAAUCUAAUAGUAAUUAGUAAAAUAUAUGACCAGGUAUUUAUAAGUUAUUGCACCUUAUAGCUUCAGUGUAGUUAGCUGUCAUUUCUUAGUAGUCUGUAGUGUAGCUUAAAAGCUCCGGUGUGUAAUUUUUUGGACGAUCUAUUGACAGAAAUGCAAUAUAAUACAUAAAUGUGUCUUCAGAGGUGUAUAAAGACCUUACAUAAUGAAGCGUUAUGUUUUUAUUACCUUAGAAUGAGCUAUUUCUAUCUACAUUCACCGCAGGUCCCCUUGCAUGGAAUUCACUAUGUUGUUCCUAAAUGGACAAACUGCUCUACAGAGCGCGUUUUGUAAAUAAGUUAUCUCCUUCAGCAAUGAAGCGAAAACGUGAUGACAUCUUUGUUCUGUGUCAACCUCCAUAGUGCUUUGAAAGGGGUGGAGUGAGCCAUUGGUUGCAAUUCACAACCAUUGGUUGCAAUUAGAUGCCGCUAAAUUUCAUUUGGACCUUUAAUUGGUAGCAUGACUGUAGUUUAACAUCAAUAAAAUAUGUGUAGAAUGUAGUUUAAAAAGUUUUAAAAUAGCUUCCCCAAAACUGCUAUUUAGCUACAUGUAAAGAGAAAAAAACUCUUCUAAUAACGUUGAACCCACAGAACAGCUUUCCUUGUAGAAAAUGACUUUUCUUUGAGAGAUUGCACUAGUCUCUCAUCACAUAUUGAAUUUGGUAGCAAGCAUACAUGCCUUAAUUUAUUUUAUUUUAUUAAAAUUAA